GAAGGACCACGCAGCUACGGAAAGGAGCGAAACGGAAAGAGCCACAUUAAAAUGGCUUUGAAUGGCUUUGGUCGGCGUGUCAGUGCGUCUGUCCUUUUAAUCGCCUUGUCGCUGCUCAGCGGAGCGCUGAUCCUGCCGCCGGCUGCGGCGCAGCGUGACGAGAACUAUCCACCGCCGGGCAUCCUGAAAAUGGCCAAGCCCUUCCACGACGCGUGUGUGGAGAAGACCGGCGUCUCCGAGGCUGCCAUCAAGGAGUUUAGCGAUGGGGAAAUUCACGAGGACGAGAAGCUCAAGUGCUACAUGAACUGCUUCUUCCACGAGAUCGAAGUGGUGGACGACAAAGGGGACGUGCAUCUGGAGAAGCUCUUCGCCACGGUCCCGCUCUCCAUGCGCGACAAGCUGAUGGAGAUGUCCAAGGGCUGCGUCCAUCCCGAGGGCGAUACGCUGUGCCACAAGGCCUGGUGGUUCCACCAAUGCUGGAAGAAGGCCGAUCCCAAGCACUACUUCUUGCCGUGA